AUGAUACUUAGCGAUAUAACUAAUAACUAUGGAUGUAGUGUUUAUGCGAAUAAAACGGCUGAAAGAGGCGAAAAUGUGUACCUUUAUUUGAUGCGAUAUUUUAAUCCAUCUACCUAUAAUUUUAUCAGAUCUUCGAUGCCUUUCAAAGCUGCAACUCACGGGAUCGAACUUAUCUAUAGUCUCGGGGCGAAUAUUUUUGUCGCACCUUUCUGUAAGAAAAAGGAAGAUAUUAAAGUAUCGAAUUAUGUUACGAAACUAUGGACGAACUUCGUCAAAAGCGGUGAUCCAAAUGUGGAUACAGAUGCUGCAAAUGAAAACCUCGGUUUCAUAUGGGAGCCUGUAAGCCCUUAUCGAGAAGGACCUUAUCUGACUAUCGAUACUGUUCCUUAUCUUCGAAGUAAUUUUAUGGAUGGGCGUAUGAGGAAACUUCAUACCAUCUUCUCUUCUUUAUAUUAG